UCAGAGAAGGGCUCGACACAGAUCACUGGCCGCUGUGCCGCCGGACCAAUCGCCGGCAAGCAGAUCUCUCCGCCGUCCGCCACUGCAUCGCAGGAUAGCAGGUGGAAAAAAGAGGGCUGCACCGUUGCAAUUGACAAGCUUUUUUUUGGCAAACAACUAUAUCACGAUGGAGCCUAUCAUCCCGGCGGAGCCUUUCGUUCAGACGGAGUUCUACCAGCUCGGGAAUGGUGGCGACAUGAUCUUCGAGAGGAAUCUCUUCGCCCUGUCGGAGUUUCUUGGUCGCCCACCUCCGGAGAUCUUCGGGGGUCAAAUCAAUGACCAGCCCGGAGGUCAGCUCCAAUGGGUCAUCAUGGUUGACCUCUGCGGAAGGUUCACGCUUCCCAUGAGUCAGAGGAUCCAGUUCUCCUUCCGGGAGAACAACUGGGCAGACGGGCUCGCCCGUGGACUACAGGAGGGGCUCGCACGUCUGUGCGGGCAGAACGCCCUGGAUCUCGAGGGGGAGCGCUUUGCUUACUAUGCAAGGCACAACUCUCUUGGGGUGCCCAUGAACCUGCCGUCGCACCCCCAGCUGAGGCACCAUGUGGAUCACCUCGACUUCAUGUUGAGUGAGACCCGCAUUGACUUGGACAACUCCCGCGAGUACGCCAACCACACCCACCUCCAGCUGGCUCAACAGGCGGAGACCAUCAAGGUCAUCGCCAACGAGCGCCGGACUCUCCGCCGCCUCAACCUGAAGAAGGACUACACCAUCAACCGCCUCAAGGCCAAGAUCGCCUCACUGAAGGCGACCAUCGAGACCCAAGUUGAGCAGCUCCGAGACUUGGAGGGAGAAGGUGAGGGGGAAGACAUCCAGGGGACGGCUACUCCUACGUGAGCAACGACGACGACUACGAGGAGGAGGAAGACGACAACCUGGUCUUCCACCCUUACGAGGAUGGCCACGAGCACCUUGCAGCCGGGAUAGACAACGUCUACCCGAUCAACGUCGAUGGAGAGUAGUCCCAUCUGAGCACUUGCGUCCCGUGAUUUGUAUCGGUCCUUUGUAUCCGCCCCAUGUAUCGUAGAUUGUUGAAAGGGUUCUUCAAACCCUCCGGUUUGUUGGUUUGUAAUAUUUGCUACCUUAAUGACUAUGUUUGUGUGUUUAAGUUCAUCAUAUCAAGAAUCAAGUUUUAAACUUUGUGAAA